GUGCGCAGAGCCCGCGCCUCCCGUCGCCGCGCAGCCCCGGGCCCGCCAUGGGGAGCGUGCCGUCCGCCGUGAAGCACUGCCUCAGCCCCCAGCAGCUGCUCCGGGAGCACCUCUGGAUCGGGGACGCGGCGGCAGGGGCGGCCGACCCCGCGCAGGAAUCAUCCCAGUUAUCUGGCCUCCCCGAUUAUGUUAAAAUAGUAGAAGUUGGACCUAGGGAUGGACUACAGAAUGAAAAGGUUAUAGUUCCUACAGAAAUAAAAAUUGAAUUUAUCAAUCAACUUUCCCAAACUGGCUUGUCUGUAAUAGAAGUAACCAGCUUUGUGUCUUCCAGAUGGGUACCACAGGUUGCUGCUGGAGCCUCUGAGGUAUCAGUUUUUGGUGCUGCAUCUGAAUCCUUUAGCAAGAAGAAUAUUAACUGUUCUAUUGAAGAAAGUUUGGAGAAAUUUGAGGAGGUGGUUAAGUCUGCAAGGCAUGGCUUUGUUCCAGUAAAGUUAUAUGUGUCUUGUGCUCUGGGCUGUCCAUAUGAAGGAAGCAUCGCACCACAGAAAGUGACAGAGGUCUCUAAGAGGCUGUAUGCCAUGGGCUGUUACGAGAUCUCCCUGGGAGACACAAUUGGAGUGGGAACUCCGGGAAGCAUGAAGAGAAUGUUGGAAAGUGUCAUGAAAGAAAUCCCACCCAGAGCUCUUGCUGUUCACUGCCACGACACAUACGGGCAGGCCCUGGCAAAUAUCCUUACGGCCCUUCAGAUGGGGAUUAACGUGGUGGACUCCGCAGUGUCCGGAUUAGGUGGUUGUCCUUAUGCGAAGGGCGCUUCUGGGAAUGUAGCCACUGAAGAUUUGAUAUAUAUGCUUGAUGGCCUGGGGCUCAAUACAGGUGUGAAUCUUUACAAAGUGAUGGAAGCUGGUAACUUUAUUUGUAAAGCUGUCAAUAAAACCACAAACUCUAAAGUAGCACAAGCCUCCUUCAGUGCUUGACUUGAAUGAAUUUGUGACUUAAAGCUGAGAAGAUCCAUUUCAGCUACAGAUAUUCAUCUGAAGAUCAUUAUUGUCAACUUAUUCUGAAAUGUGAAAUAAUAGACAAAAGUGGAAAAAAAUAUUCUUUCAAAGAGAAUAUUGCUUGGUAGAUUACAAAGGGACAGAAAACAAUACCAGUCAUCAGUUAAAUUGAAAGCUGGGGCUAAAUAAUAACUUGCAGACAUGCUCUUGAACUUGGAGAAAAGCCUUCUUUUGCUCUUAUAGAAAGAACUUUUUAAUUUAGUAGAUGUGAAAAUUGACUUCAGAUUUCCCUAAGUAUCAAUUACUGUGUUAAUACUUAAUCAAGCUGGCUUAGCACAGUGUAGAUAUUGUCAGUAGUUUAUGAGCUCCUGCAUCGUGUGCAAAGUGUGUGGCCUCGAUAUUAUAUGUAAUGCCUCUGGAUCUCAACUUUCCAUUUUUCAAGUGAGUUACAUUAUGGACCAAGCGCCAAAUCUCCAUCUGACCCUACAUAAUUUUUAGCAAUAGAACAUUUAUAUUUCAAGUAUGGCUAACAUCUGUUAACUAUUUCAAUGACUUUAUCUUGUUCCAAGAGGCUGUGGUCAAUGGCAAGAUGCCAUAUCCUGGAAGCAUAUUACGACCUCCCAUGUUUGUUACAUGCAUCCAGUUUACCAUACUCCUCUUUCAUCGGUUAUAGUAAAAACCAGCAUGGUGUUACCCAACUACUGAGAAACGUAAGGUACACCUGUAGUACCAAUGCCUAAGUUGCAAUGAUAAGAAUAGAUUGAUACAUGUACCAUGAUUCACUUUCAGAAUUUUCAGAUCACUUCUAAAAUGCCCAAGGAAAUGUCAUUGUGAUCCUAACAAUAGUAAGGCAGCUUUUAACUCAUGAAAAAAAAAAAAACUAUUUGCCUUUGAUUCAGGGUAUUUUGAUUAAGUUGCAUCACUUUUUGGUUGGCUUUUUAUGGUUAUUUUUAAUGUUGAAGUGGCUGAAAUUCUAUCUUUUGUAACAGAAAGCAUUGCCAGAGUUAGCAAAAAUUAACAUAUCAGAGUUGAAAAGAGGGGCAGAAGGACUACGUGAAGAAAAACAUUUCUCUAACCUGUGGAAAUCAUACAGGAAUGAUAUUAUUAUAUGUGCAUCUGAAUCAUCAGCUCUAUUUUUUAUGUAGACUUCUCCAAUAAUAUCGGGCAAUCUUUGAAUAAAUUUGAAUAUAGCUAGAAAUAUGAAAGUGAGCAGUAUGGAACAUCUAUUAGAUAUUCAUCAAAACCAUUGAAAUAAAAGGAAAUUUAAGACAAUACUGAUUGUAAUUAAGUUAACUUUUAAAAUAUACAAUAAUAAGAAUCACAAGGGAAACAUAUUGGCAAUUGACAAAACCAAACUAAAUUCCCUUGGAAUUUAAGGAAGAGGCUUCAUUUGUGAGGGGGUUAGAGCAGGAGCUUGCCUGCAGCUCACUUUCUUCCUCUCAACUUCCUGAACUUUGCGUCUUCCAUCCGAGGAAAGAGAACUGCACUGCGUAUUCAGAACUCCACUGUCACAUGUCACCAGGCGAAGCGUGCCUGUUACUUCAGUGUCAUCUGUGUGAUUAAGAGAUACAAAAAUUUCAUAAUGAUUUGAUCUCAAAGCCUCAUUAGUUCUGUAUUCCUUAUUCCUUAAAUAGUUCUCAGGUAUAGCCUUUUCAGAGUCAGGUAUCAGGAUAGAUACACUCCUCAGUCCUCUGUGACUGACACAUAAACUUGCUCUCUGUGGUCUGCAUUCGGCGGCACAUUUGAUCCAUGAGAGGAAGACAGCAGAGGGAAGCUUAACAAUACUAAUGCCUGGAGUUGGCCCCAAGAGAUCAUAACAUAAUUGGUUGGCUGUGGGACUUUAUACAUAAGCAUUAAAAAUAAAAGUAUACAGGCAGUCUCAUAACCAGCCAGAGGGGGGAAUCUCUGCUUUAGCACAGCGAUUUUUAGAGUGUGGCCCUGGAACCAUGAGCAUCAGCAGCAGAGCCAGCUUGUCACAGGACCUUUACCCAGUUGGACCUGGAUCACCUGGGAGUCAGCUCACAAAAUCUGUAUCAUCAAUGUGUCUACUCCAGAGAUGGGGGGAGCGACUGGAAUACCCAUAUCAGGGAAGCUUAGCUCUGAGACACUUUCUACCAGUUUUGUGUAUAUGGUAUCCUUCAUGCUUGGUGUUGUAUGUUUGAAGCUAAUAUGAGAAUCUAUAUCAAAGAUAAGUCAAAUAAAUAAAUAAAUAACAAAUUAAAGUGAGCACUAGGGAGCCCUCAGGAUACCCAUAAAGGGAGAUUAAAAAUAAUGCCUCGAUUGAGGGAAAGAGACAUUGUUACCAAACUACUUUGCUGCUGUGAGCAAGGAGAUCUUGUGGGCUUCCUGCCUACCCACCAGUCUGGAGUCUUCUUUGGCACCGUCUGAUCCGUUACUUAAUGGCUAGACAAACUUCAUCAAUUUACCUAAUAUCUCUGAACUUCAUUUCAAACCUCACUUCCAUGACUCUAAAACUUAAAUAAUGACAAGCUUUAUUUAUAUGGCUGUUGUAAGGGGUUCCUGAAAUAAUUCUUACAAGCAUUUGGUAAAGUGCCUCGUGUAUUAAAGUGACCAGUAACUGUCAA